CCACGCGCCACUGUGCACUUAACCUCUGCCCGCCCGGUGCCGACUUAGAGGCCGGGGCGGCGCGGGCAGCGGGCACUCCUGGCGGCGGGGAGCGGAGGCGGGAGCCUGGGCCUGCAGCCCCGGCCACGCCGAUGAUGACUUGCUACCGGGGCUUUCUGCUGGGCAGCUGUCGUCGCGUGGCGGGCGGCCGGGCGGCGGCGCUGAGGGGGCCGGGCGCAGGAGGCCCCGCCGCGCGGCCGCAGCUCGGCGGUGACGGCGGCGGCCGGCGGCACCUGGGGCAGGGUCAGCCGCGCGAGCUGGCGGGCUGUGGCAGCCGCCCCGAAGGCGGCUUCCGCCCGUCCCGGGUGGUGGUAGUGGCCAAAACCACCCGGUACGAGUUCGAGCAGCAGCGGUACCGUUACGCGGAGCUCUCGGAGGAGGACCUGAAGCAGCUGCUUGCAUUGAAAGGCUCUAGCUACAGUGGACUACUUGAACGACAUCAUAUUCACACCAAAAAUGUACAGCAUAUUCUAGAUAGUUUACGGAAUGAAGGAAUUGAGGUUCGAUUAGUAAAGAGGAGAGAAUAUGAUGAAGAAACUGUUCGAUGGGCAGAUGCUGUCAUAGCUGCAGGAGGUGAUGGCACGAUGCUUCUGGCAGCAAGUAAAGUCUUGGACAGACUUAAACCAGUUAUUGGAGUAAACACUGAUCCAGAACGGUCUGAGGGUCAUUUAUGUCUUCCUGUUCGAUAUACACAUUCCUUCCCAGAAGCCUUACAGAAGUUCUACCGUGGCGAGUUCAGGUGGUUAUGGAGGCAGCGAAUCAGGUUAUACCUUGAAGGCACUGGCAUAAACCCUGUUCCUGUGGACCUUCAUGAACAGCAGCUCAGUUUACAUCAGCAUAGUAGAGCCUUCAACAUUGAAAGAGUUCAUGAUGAAAGGUCCGAGGCGUCAGGACCACAGCUUUUGCCAGUGAGAGCACUAAACGAAGUCUUCAUUGGGGAGAGUCUAUCAUCCAGAAUGUCUUAUUCUUGGGCUGUAGCAGUGGACAAUUUAAGAAGAAGUAUACCCACUCUAAAGGGACUGGCUUCCUACUAUGAGAUUUCAGUUGAUGAUGGUCCAUGGGAAAAACAGAAGAGCUCAGGGCUCAAUUUGUGUACUGGAACAGGAUCAAAGGCUUGGUCAUUCAAUAUUAACAGGGUUGCAACUCAGGCUGUGGAGGAUGUUUUAAAUAUUGCAAAACGACAAGGAAAUUUAAGUCUUCCAUUGAGCAGAGAAUUGGUAGAGAAAGUAACAAACGAAUAUAAUGAAUCACUGCUCUACAGUCCAGAAGAACCAAAAAUACUUUUCAGUAUUCGAGAACCAAUAGCAAACAGAAUUUUCUCAAGCAGUCGUCAGCGUUGUUUUACCUCAAAGGUUUGUGUUCGUUCUCGUUGUUGGGAUGCCUGUAUGGUUGUGGAUGGAGGAACUUCUUUUGAGUUUAAUGAUGGAGCAAUUGCUUCAAUGAUGAUCAAUAAAGAAGAUGAGCUUCGGACUGUGCUUCUAGACCAGUGAAGGAUUUCCUCAGAUGACACAUUCUGAUUACCAGAAAAUUACUUGGACUGCAGAAAGACUGCCUGUCAUAAAGCUGCAUUUUUUGGUUAUUAUUGAGACUAGUCUGCCUAGGCUCAAAGGUGACUAAUCAAGUGAGAUUUGCAUUAUUCUUUGGUUGGAUUCUGAUGGAAAAGAUGUUCACUGUGUAAGAAAGUGGAUGGACUACACUGAUUAGAAUUGAUACUGGUGAAAUUUCUAUAUUGCUUACCAGUGGUAUCCAAAAGUGCUGAUAUCUUUUUAAAUUGAGAGAGGUAGGCUCAAAUAAAGGAUUAAAUGUUUAGGAUUUGAAAUUUAACUGUACAAGUUUUUUUUCUUUUCCUUUUCUCCUAACUCUGUGGAAUUGGUCUGACCAUACACAUAUCAUUUGAUUAGUGUAUAUUUUUUUAUAGUACCUAAAAAUCAAGAUUUGUAAAACAUUUUGAUGAUGAUGGAGAAUUUUGAUAAAUCCUGACAUUGACCUAAUUGAAGUAGGUAAAGGUUUUUAUAUGUGCUAAGAAGUUUCUAAUUUCAGAACACAGUGAUAUUGUUACACCUCUGUUUUGAUUUAAAAAGCUCAAUCAUUUUUGAAAUUAUUUAUAGAUGUUUUCAUUUAAUUGACUUUCAGGUUAAUUUUGACAGUGCUGGGUGAAAUACAUAUAUCUGGACAAAAUCAUGAUGCUCUUACCAAUAGCUAUUUUAGGUCAUAGGCAAUUUUUUUAAAAAUGAUUUGAGUCUAAUAGAUUUCUUCCAUAUUUAAAACUCUCUAACUUGGAUUCAAAGACUAAAAGAAUGAACUGAUUAGAUAUAUUCUACUAGGAUUUUGGUCAGACUUUUAAGAAAUAUUUUCACCUAGUGGUAGAAGUACUGUCAGAAAGGAAAUAGAUUCUUUAAUAAAUAUGCAAAACACAUUAGUUUUGGAAUUGUCUUACUUUUAACAUCAUAGUAGUUUUCACCUAGCUAAUAUUCCAAGUUUCACACAUUAGCUUUGGAGGAUAAACUGUUAUGGCUUUUCUUUUUUUUCUCCCACUAUGAGAGUUCCUUUAUUUUGGGAGGAAACUAUUUUAUCUAAUUCUUGAUAUACUUAUAAGUAAUCCUAGUAUUUUCACAAAAAGCACCUAUUGCUGCAUCAUGAGACAAUUGGUAUUCUUAUGCCAUUUUUCAAAGUUCUUUUUUCAGAAAAAAUUUUUGCUAAAAAUUUUUGUUCAAUCAUUGACAUAUUUAUUGAACACCCACUCUGUGCCAUGGACUGUGUCAAUUGCUGGAUAUACACUGAUGAAUGAAACAGACAAUCCUGAUGUUCAGAACUUGAGUCUAGUGAGCUCAGAAGUAAAUUCUGUGUAAGCUAGGAUGUAUAAUCCAGUUGAGUUUUGCAACAUUUAACAUGUUCUUGUCAAAUUUUUUAUAUAAAUGCUACUAUACAAAGGUAAUUUAGGUUUUGAUGUAUAUCCAGAACAAGAAUCUGUUUUUCUUUUUUUAAUUGAGUAUCUGCAUAGACACUCAUAGCACAAAGUUAUAUGAUGCAUACAAAAAAAUUAGUGCUUUCUCAGACCUGGAUCUAGUUUCUGGUUUGAUUUAAAAAUGAUUGAUAGACUUAAGAUACCACUUUACAAAGAAGUGAAAUUCCACACUAUAGAAACUCCCCUAACAGUUUAAAAUGUCUUCUUGACAAAAAUGUCAACUCCCUCUUUAAUAUCAAGGAAAUCUGAUUGUCCACAAUGGUACCAUAGAUCUGUUAAUAUGUAACAUAUUAAUAGGUAACCUGCUAUGUGCAAUUGUUCAUAAGCCAUAUUUUAAAGGUUUAAAAAAUACUUAAUGUGCUCUGUUUGCAAUAUAGCUUCUAAUAUUUCAGCUCUGCGGUGGGGAUUUAUUUGUAAGAGAUGAUGAGAGGCAAAGGAUGUUAGAAUAGCGAAAAUGUUUUUAUGAAUUAACCUUUUAAUGGCAACUAUAUGUGAAUAAAAUUAAACUAUUGCUAUCUCUUCUUUUUGACUUCAUUUAUUUCCUUAACUCUUGUGGGGUCAUUAUUUGAAACUAGAUUUUCUCAAAAUGUUAUGUUUCGAAAGUCUUUUUCCCCACUGCUAUUAUUAUUCUGUGUCCUGUUGACUUCAUUCAACUGCUAAUCUUUGACACAGAACCAUGAUUUGUUAAAUAAUCAGAGAGUAAAGUCC